GGGUAUUAACGUGGGCCCACCACGUGAACGAGCACACAAGGGCCCUGCUAGUAUUGCGGAGGCACAAGGCACCAGCAGCGACCCAGGGAGAUCCUAGGCGGUGGUCGAGGAGUGGCCGAGAAGAAGAAGAGCAAAUUGGUGCUCCUGAGAGCAGGAUUUCAUGAAAGGGCAGGAGGUCGUGGCGGCGCGCGCCGCCAAGCAACAGCAGGGGCCCAUGCACCGGGCCUUCGAUUGGCUCCCUACCGCCGCCAACAGCAAGGCCCCGUCGCCUGGGCCCGGUAACCCCCACCACUCACACCGCCAGUCCUCGAACGACAGCUUAUUCUCCGCGCAGGCCACACCCGAGCACUGUGACCUUCACUGCAAGGUGAUGCUGUUGGGUGAUAGCGGAGUAGGAAAAACCUGCAUUCUUACAAGAUUUCGUGACGGUCAGUUUCUAUAUGGAAACUAUAUUACAACAGUUGGCAUCGAUUUUCGGAAUAAAAUGGUUACUGUUGACGAUUCUCAUGUCAAGCUUCAAAUAUGGGACACUGCUGGACAAGAAAGAUUUCGAAGCGUAACGCAUGCUUACUACCGGGAUGCACAUGCGCUGCUGCUGCUGUACGACGUGACGAACAAGCAGAGCUACGACAACAUCAGGGCCUGGCUAGGCGAGAUUCGUGAAUACGCCCAAGAUGACGUCGUGAUUAUGCUGCUGGGUAACAAGUGUGAUUGCGGUGCGGAACGUGUAGUGAGACGAGAAGAUGGACAGCGAUUAGCAAAUGAGUACAAGGUGCCCUUUAUGGAAACCUCAGCCAAGACUGGCCUCAAUGUUGAAUUAGCUUUUCAUGCGGUUGCCAGGGAACUAAAAGCCAGAACAAAAAAAGAGUAUUCGGAUGAAUCGAAGUUCAACGUACAAGAAUAUCUUGGUCAGCACCAAUCACACCGAAAUUCUUGUUUGGCAACCAAUUGCUUAACAACUUAAGCGUUGAUUCAGAAAUCCGGUAUUAAUUACCAUCGUCACUAUGGGCAGGCGCCUUCAUUAAUUAAACGGCUGGAAUGAUGGAAUAACAUGAACCGGAAAACAUUGGCCAUGUUUAUCUCCUGGUAUGAGUUUUGCGCGCCAAAU